CCUCCCUCCGCUUCCGGGAGAAGCCGGACGUGGCCGGCGCCAUGGCAACGGCGUACACAUCCCCAAGGGCCGCGGCGGCUCCGGUUCGCCCGGGCCCGGCCGAGGCGGGGGCGCAGGUGGUUUCAUUGACAACUGUCCCCAGUACGGGAGAGAUGAUGGUCACGGAAACCUCGCACCGGUUUGGAUUCUGCAGCGGGUGUUGUGUUGUCUAGAAGGACGAGGCACCAAGUUAGAAUGGAUGCAGUAGAAAGAGUCCACACGUUUGUGCGGGUGAAGCCAACAGCCAAUUUUGCUCAAGAUAUGAUCAAGUUUGGGCCAGACAACAAGAGUGUAAAUAUAUACAUCAAAAAGGACGCGAGGAAGGGAGUUGUGAACAACACGCAGACGGACUGGUCCUUUCGGCUGGACGGCGUCCUCCACAGCACCUCCCAGGAACUGGCUUACGAGACCGUGGCGCAGAAACUGGUGUCCGAAGCUUUAAGCGGUUAUAAUGGUACGAUAAUGUGCUACGGGCAAACGGGGGCUGGGAAAACGUACACGAUGACGGGAGCGACCAGCGAGUACAAGCACCGUGGAAUCAUCCCCCGCGCGAUACAGCAGGUCUUCAAAGCAACCGCACGUUCCGUUGAUCCGUUGGUCACCGUGCGAAUAUCCUACCUGGAGAUCUACAACGAGACCAUGUUCGACCUCCUGUCCCCCGCGGGCAGCGGGCCGGGCGGCACGCCGAUGGCCGUGGUGGAUUGUCCGCAGGGCGUUUACGUGAAGGGAUUGUCCAUACAUCCCGUUAGCGACGAGGAAGAUGCUCUAAGUCUCCUUUUGGAGGGUGAGGCCAACAGGGUGAUAGCGGAGCACACGCUGAAUAAGAAUUCAUCCCGAUCCCAUUGCAUCUUUACUAUUUACAUUGAGUCUCGUUUCAGAGCUUUCUCAGAUGUCAAAUGCGUUACCUCUAAAAUCAACUUAAUCGAUCUGGCAGGUUCAGAGCGACUGAGCAAGACUGGAUCGGAGGGGCAGGUUCUGAAAGAAGCCGCCUACAUCAACAAGUCCCUGUUGUUCCUCGAGCAAAUCGUCAUCGCCCUGGCUGACCCCAAGAGGGACCACGUCCCGUUCCGGCAGAGCAAGCUCACCCACGUCCUCAAGGACUCGCUGGGGGGAAACUGCAACACUGUCCUGGUGGCAAAUAUCUGUGGGGAGGCCGUGCAUGUAGAAGAGACUUUGUCUUCUCUUCGUUUUGCUACCAGAAUGAAAUGGAUCACGACAGCGCCGGUCAUCAACAAGACGUACAACCAAGAGGGGGUGGUGAAGGCUUUGGAGAAGGAGAUUGAUCUUCUGAGGCAGGAACUGGCCAUGCACGACAGCUUGGCAAAUCGUUCUUCGGUGACUUAUGGGCCUCUGACCGACACGCAGGUAGCGGAGAUUAAAUCUCAAGUGCACCGUUACCUACAAGGAGCCAUUGAUGAAAUUGAUAUCGUGAACGUCAGGCAAAUCCAGGAGGUUUUCAAGCAGUUCAAACUGAUACUAAGGCAGCAGGAGCACGAAGUGAAGGCCACACUACGACACAAGUACCUCCUGAUAGACAAAACCGACGCAGCUGCUGUCGCUGCUCUUCAGAAGACAGGUGUCGCUGAUGUCGGUGGGAAUUUGCUGCAUGAAUGGGUUCUGGGGAUGAGAAAUUCUCCUUCUUCAUCCAGACGUGGCAAGAAGAAGAAAACCAGGAAAAGCAGCGAGCAGCCCAAGAAGGAAAGAAUCAGGAGCUCUCUCGCGGGGAGAGACGUGCAUGGUUCUUCACGAUCAAAAAGCCGGGCAAGAAUUUCCACCAAGGAUCUGGAUGUGAAACAGGGAGCAAGGAACCAGGACACAGCGAAUAUGGGUGCAGAGCCCUCAAAACCAGCUCCCGCGGAGGAUUUCCAGCUGCCCAGGUCCCCUCCACCCAAGCCAGUGGCGUUCGAGCAGUUUAAGGAGGAGUGCGGCAGCGAGAUCAACCGCGUCUUCAAAGAGAACAAGCGCAUCCUCCUGGCCAAGAAGAAGAGAAGCAGUGUGGUAGCGCAGAGCAUCAGCUUCCUCAAGCGGGAGAUGGAGAACGUGCAGAAGGCUCUGGAGGCGCAGCAGCAGGAGCGGUGCCAGCAGGGAGAGUACGUUGAUGAGAAAGGACAGCUCAUCAUGGAUGAGGAGCUCCUACUCAUCAUGAAGCUGAAGGACCUGAAGGAAGAGUAUCGAUCUGCUCACGCCGAACUGCAGGAGCUGAGGGCAGAGGUCCAGGGCUGCCAGCAGCUGGUGGACCAGUGUCGCAACAAACUCAUCUCAGAGUUUGAGAUCUGGUACAACGAGUCCUUCCUUAUCCCUAAGGAUUUACGGGAAGCUUUGAAGCCCGGUGGUAACAUCAGACCUGGAAUGAUUCCCAUCAACAGAGUCACGUGCCUGGAGGAAGACGUGCAGGAGCGGUUUGAGCAGCUGCAGGAGGCGCUGCUGCCGGCCUGCCCGGCCUCCGCCUCCUUCUACAGGGCGAAGAUGAAGACGGAUCAAAAGCACGCGUACAGCAGAGCCAUGUCGUCCCUUGAGAAAAUGCGGAGGAAACCCGGGCUCAUCACGGCUGCCGGGAAGACAAAACCCUUGUCGUUUCUGCACGUUGAGUAGCAGACUUGGGCUCAGCCUGGAAACUGCUAUUCAACAAGCAACGGCACCUCAAAGUGCCUCGUGCUCCUCUCCGCGAUAGAUUUAUAAAAAAUAAAGAGUAAGUAUAACAAAUCCA